AUGCAACUAGUAGGAAAAUUUGUGAUCGUGAUAUCAAUAUUGGCGAUAGUUCAAUGCUCACCAUUCGACGAUGGAAAAUACAGACCUAAAAAUUAUGACUACUAUGAUGACGGUAAAUAUUACAGACCGUUAGAUGAAGGCAAAUACAUACCAGGAGAUGAAGGAAAAUAUACAUAUAUUUAUCAACGAGGAGUAUAUCCGUAUGAUGGUACAUACAAACAUAUAGGACGAGGCGAUUCCAAUGAGUACAUAGGACACCAGAUUUAUGCUCCUCGAUUCCCCUUUAUUUAUAGGAUAAUAACAUCCUUUGUUACUAAAUACGUAUCACCAGACAUUGGUGGUAUUAGUGACGCUAUACUUGGAAGGUGGAGUGCAAAUAACAUAGAUACAGUACAGGCAGAUGAGGAAGUCGCCUUAAAAUGCCAAGUUAUAGAGCCAGAGUCUAAAAAUGACUCGGAAUCAGUAUCUACAACGCAGUUUCCACCAUACUUAAACUUAGAAGAAGGCGAAAAAUUAGGGACGUUUUACAAUUUCAAAGGAAGUAAAGUUUUAAGUACGAUAUCCGAUUCUAAAAAUAAUAAAUUAAAAUUAGAAUAUGAAGUUCUCGUUAGAAUUGUAGAAGAUGUGAGCGAA